AACACAUUAUCUUACUCCAAACAUAUUCCAACACAGUAAUUAUGUUUUCAAAAAGGUGAAGAAAAAAUACAAAAAACAGGUUAAAACAUGUAUACCAUGAACCGAACAUAGAAUUUACUACUGUAUAAUGAAUGAUUGUGAUGCAAGUAGCAGAGUGGGGAAGGAUGAGCAUGUGUGAUGCAGAAAGGCGGCUUCUUGCUAAUGCGUUACUUGACAUAUCAAACGAAUGGUUUGUCCUCCAGGCAUGCAUUCCUCUUCAGAACUUCAGCAUUGUUUAUCACUACAUAUCAAGAUCCAGAUACAGCUUCAUGGGUGUUGUUGAUGACCAAGGAUAUUAUGGGAGAGGGCGUUACAAUGCAAAAAUGUCACCCACGGUUAACCUAACCGAUUGGCGUAAAGGGUCCCAAUGGCUUGAAGUAAACAGAAAGUUGGUCGUUGACAUCAUCAAAGAUGAGGUUUACUACCCCAAGUUUGAGCAGUUCUGCAGGCCGGCUUGUUAUGUGGAUGAACACUACUUCCCCACCAUGCUGAGCAUGGAGUCUCCUGGCCUUCUUGCGAACUGGAGUCUGACAUGGGUCGAUUGGUCAAGGGGCGGGCCUCACCACACUACAUAUGGCAAGUGUGACAUUACUGAUCAACUGUUCAAGAAGAUAUCUGACAAGACAUGCUUUUACAACAAAAUAGACAGAGACAACAUGAAGUAUUUAUCAUACUUCAACCAAGACAUCAAACAGUGAAUUUAGCUUAAGAUUCGACCCAAAGACAACUACUGAUUUCUCAGAGAUUACUUUUUUCCAAAGAAAAAUUAGAAUACAAGUGCAGUGCUGUAAACAUCUACACUAGAAAGAUAUGCACAUAAAAAUGGAAUGUCUUUCAAGAAACUGCAUAUAUCUUU